AUGUCCCAAUCCUCUCAUCACUCGAAGGCGCCCCAUCGGAGCGGGUAUAGUUUGCGAAAUGGAGGAAGACUCUCACGAGAUGGUUCCAGGGUGCGCCGAAAAUCCAUCAGUGCAAACGAUGCCUACCUCCAUUCUCUGCGAGUUGCAUACCUCGCCUACCUGUUACAGCCUCGUACCACACGGAAGAAGCUCGUUGAGAUAAAACCGUCCGUAAAUCGCUCAAACACCUCCCACUCGUUCCAUGAUCUCAUGAAUGAUUUCACCGUCGUCCGAGACUCCAAGAGCACAAGGUUUCCUCAUGAUUUUGUGAAAGAGCUUGAAAAGAGAUUGCAAGGCAUCUUGAUCGGGCGGGAGAAGCGACCGGAAUACCAAGAUGCGUUGGUCAAACGAAUCUUCGCUAUUUUUCUCAAUGCCUUGUCGGACCCCUCUUUCAAGAAACGAAUGGAGGCAGACCGAAGAGCAGAAGACUUGGUCCUGAUAUUCUUUUCCAACGCUACCAAAGAGUUACAAAGGGGAAAGCCUCCCGGAGACGACAAAGUCAAGCGCAUGGUUGAUCGACAUGUUGCCCUCUUCGUCCGACUCCUCAGCCUGAUCUUGAAAGACCGAGACUGGGCCAAGGACAAACCCGAACUGGCAUCGCGGCUACAGACGUUGGAAUCGAAACUGCUCAAGGGUGAUGAAAAUCUAGCCACAUCACAGACCAAUGGGCAGCUGACGACCGUUGAAGAGGUGGUGCCAUUGAGCCACGAAGUCAAAGACAUGCCCUUGGUUCAGGUCGUAGGCCGAAUCUUUGGCUUGACCAACACCAUGAUGCAGUCCGAUAUUACCAAAAACAAACCGGUCUGGACGGAGAAAGCCGCACUUCAGGAUUUGAAGACAUACCAACAACACCUCAAUCUUGGCACCAAGAUGACACUGAAUGCCAAUGACUUUGACACACAAGAAGCGUAUGAUGCAUGGAAGAAGGCUGAGGGGCCUGAUCUGUCCCUCCUUAUGCUGGCCAUUGUGCAAUCCAAUCCUGAACUGGCAAAGAGUACGCCUGGCGGAAGUCUCCCCCAAUUCAACCCUCAGGCUGCGGCCUCUAGUCCGACGGAUUCUCAUUAUGCCGAAGUCUCCAGGGUGCUUUCGCAGCCCGGGGACUCCUCUUCCUACGUUUUGGAUCUGCCGGCAGAUCUGAGCGCUCUCGAAUUGGAUUCAGCCGAUUCGUCACAUGAUAACGGGGACGCAGCGCAAAUCUACACUUUUAUCCCUCCCGAUCCCAGAGCCAUGUUUCGGUUUAUAAUGCUUCAAGCUUUUUCUCAUGACCUUAACGACAAGACGAAUGAUGGAGCCAAUGGUGGUCCAUUGUUCUCCAAGGAAACCACGGAAUUGCUCAAUGAACUUGCAUGGAGAUGGCGAAUACCCAAAUUCACUCGUACUGUGCUGUUUUUGGAUGUCGUACGGGAGAAGUUUGUUGAACAAGCCAUUGGUUUGGAAAUGUUGGACGCAGCUUUCAAUUAUGUCAAGGAGCCUGUACAAGAAGAUUCAAAGAACAAGAGGAGCUCCUCUCUUAUUAUGAGCUCAGCGUUCUACGACCGAUACAAUUGGACGUUGGCCGACUUCGCGUUGAUGGGUAAAAUCCUGGUUGCGUUGAAUGAGGCAUUGCUCCGAGAUCUGUACGAAACAAUGAUGACUGCAUACGCCGACAAAGCUCAAUUACCGAAGCUAGGAGUCAUCCUGGCAAUCUUGGAUGAGCACAUUCGCAAUGACCCGAGCUUUACGCAGAAUCCCGAGGAGUUCGAAACCUUCAAAAAUGCCGCCAUCGAUGGCCUGGCGGCCGAAGCUCGCAAGAUCUAUGACGGCCUUUUGGAUAGUGAACUACCUCAAGAAAAUGAAAAGUGGGAAUUCUACCACAUUCAGCAACUGGCGAAGGCUGUGUUGAAGCUAGCAGAAAAGGUGCAAAAGAGGUUCAGAAAGAAUCCAGAAAUUCUCGGCAUUAAUCCUCUAAUGGUUCUGUUGAAUUGCGUCUUGCCGGCCUUUGCAGAGGAUUCCAAGGCGAUGGUGGAACAAAUUUUGAACACCGCCAAGACAAAUGGUUUCGAAGUCUCCAUUGAAGACGGGUUUGGUCUGUACAAAGAGCUCAGCGAGUUCCGUCGAGUACAUGCCGAUGCUUUGCCACACGCCCCUUUUCCUUACAAGCUUGAAGAUUUACUGGCCGACUUCGUUUGGCGAUGGAUCAGAAUAACCGAAGAACAGGUGAUUGGAUGGGUCGAAAAUGCGGUCAAGCAUGAUCGGUUUGUGGUCAGAACCCAACAUCCCGGCCAAGUUCCUACUGAAGAUGAACGUCAUUCAACUUCGGUCAUCGACAUUUACAGUUCUUUCAAUCAAGUCAUCGACCAAGUGAGUCAACUAAACUGGGAUGAUGAUCUCAGCUACGCCAAAUUCAUGACGGCUCUUUCCAAAGCCAUCGGGCAAGGUGUAGCCCGAUAUUGCGAGUUACUGGACCAAAUGUUCAGCAAGGAGAUGGACAGAUUGACUCCGGAACAAGAAGCUGCGGCCCACAUGACCAGACAGGAAAAGUGGGUUCAACUGGCAAAGGAUACUUGGAACAACAAAGAGCGAGUGGAGCCCUUUCAAUUCUAUCCAGAGUCAUUUGUCAAGCUCAACAAUAUUUCUUUCGCGAUCCAACAGUGGGACAAACUCGAGGCAGAGGUGAACGUUGAUGCUUGCGCGGAAGUGGUAAAGAAAUCCAGCCCACCCGCUGCUCAACGGCCCCGAAAGACGUCCAACUACGUUUUCACCAUCAAAGUCGUCGAAGCGGAAGAUCUCAAGUCUUGCGAUGUCAACGGGUUCAGCGAUCCAUAUGUCGUUCUGACUGAUGAAUAUCAGAAGAGAUUGUCCAAGACGAGGAUAGUAUAUCGAAAUCUGAAUCCGCGAUGGGACGAAUCCGUGGAUAUCACGACACAAGGACCGCUCAAUCUCAUUGCCACCAUCUGGGACUGGGAUGCAGUGGGAGAUCAUGAUUAUGUGGGAAGAACUUCCCUCAAACUGGAUCCUUCUCACUUCAGCGACUUUUUGCCUCGGGAAUACUGGCUGGACUUGGACACUCAAGGACGACUCCUGGUCCGUGUUAGUAUGGAAGGAGAGCGAGAUGAUAUUCAGUUCUACUUUGGCAAGGCCUUCAGAAAUCUGCAGCGGACUCAACGUGACAUGACAAGGAAAAUUACCGACAAACUUUCGGCCUACAUCAGUCAUUGUCUUUCUCGACGAGCACUCCGAUCUUUGCUCAAUCGCGGGAUAUCCAUUUCAACCGUGUCAUCAUACUUUGCGCGAAAUCGAGCCUCCACGGCAGCAACGGCAGCUAUGCCAUCAGAUGCUGAGAUCGUCAACGCCCUCAAACCCCUUUUUGACUACUUUGAUGACAAUUUUGCCAUUAUGCAACAGACACUCACGUCGGAAGCGAUGGUGGCAGUGAUGACACGAAUUUGGAAAGAAGUUCUCGUGACAAUCGAAAGCUUGCUGGCGCCACCCUUAUCGGACAAGCCAUCUCAACAAAAAGCGUUGACUCAGCAAGAGCUCGACGUGGUCUUCAAGUGGCUGCAAAGUCUGUUCGAAUUCUUCAAUGCCGUGGAUGAAGAAACUGGCGAAGCUAACGGGGUGCCGAUGAAUGUGCUGAAGAAUCCCAAAUAUCACGAAUUACAAAUGCUCAACUUCUUCUAUUUUGAGCCCACAGAAAGUUUGAUCCGCGAGUCUGAAAGAAUGGCUUCUGCAACAGCUCUAAAUCAACAAAUGCAACGGUCCCGAUUUUCGGCUCCCGCGGAUCUUGGUGCUGUUGGUGGAGGGGGGCUUCUCAAUCCAGGAACCAUGGCCGGUGCCCGACGUGCUAAGAGCAUAAUGCUUAGUCGGAACCUAGGAACCAUGCGAAAAGCCAAAGAAGAAAAAUGGAAAGCCGCACAAGCCGAGCCCAAUGAUGAUAUGAUUUUGCGUAUUCUUCGAAUGCGACCUGAGGCAUCGAGCUAUCUGAGAGACAGAUCAAGACAAAAGGAACGUCUUGCUGCGGCGGCGGCGGCCGAGAUGAUUGUUCGACAGAGUCUACUUGCUGGUGGAGGAAGGAUGACUGGACCAAGUGUGGUAAGAAGAUAG